AUGAGACUGUCCCUGUGUGUCCUGCUGGUCACUCUGGCCCUUUGCUGCUAUGAGGCAAAUGCAACAGUUUGUCCAGCUUAUAUGUCUCAAGUUAGAAGCUUAUUAUUUGACCCUGCAAAGCUUUACGAUAUCAAUCUUCUGAAAUUUCUUCUGCCUAGAGAAUCUGUUGAUGCCAAGAUGGGUGUGAAGCAAUGUAUAGAUUUUAUGCCUAAACAGGACAGAGAGAACAUUUUCAACGUUUUGAAAAAUAUAGAGUCUGAAUGUAACAAGUAA